AUGGCUUCAAAACUGCGGCUGGGACUGGUUGUCGUCGUCUUCGUGCUGCUACGACCUCGACAGGAAGCUUGGUCGACUGUACGCAGGGCCACACAGGAGGCCUCAGCAUCGCGCGGGCGUGUGGCAAUUGUGACCGGCGCUUCUACCGGCUUGGGCCUCGCCACAGCGCAGUCCUUGGCCACAUCGGGUAACUUUAGUCUGAUCGUCCUCGCCGGUAGGAGCCAGGAGAAACACGAGAAGGCGCUGGACAGCCUCAGGCAGCUUUCGCCUGUCGCCGAGCUGCGUUACAUGCCCUUGGAGCUGGACUCGCUGGCAUCCGUGCGCGGCUUCGUGGCGGAUUUUUUGGCCAUGGAGUUGCCUCUCCACUGCCUCGUGCUGAAUGCUGGCGUUAUGGCUUUGCCAUCAAGGCAGGAAACCCGUGAUGGACAUGAGUACCAACUUGCUGUCAACUACCUGGGCCACUUCCUACUUGCAAACUUGCUGGUCGACCACAUGGCUGUGACAGCUUCACCCAGAGAUCCUGGUCGCAUUAUCAGCCUCUCUUCAUCGGCUCAUCUCAUCCCCUCUGCGCUCCAGAGAGGUGAUUUGAGUGAUCUGCAGUCGGCCAACAAGUACGCUCCAUGGCAGGCAUACGGCCAAGCGAAGCUGUGCAAUUUGCUCUUUGCUUACGAGCUGGAUCGUCGUUGUCGAUUUGGUGGCAUCCCCAUUGCCUCAAAUGCCAUCCACCCAGGAGCCGUGGCCACCGAGCUGAAGCGGCACUUGCCCCAAAACCAGGAGGAAGACAAAUUGGGGCCCUUGGAAGGAGUCUACCAGGCUCUCAAGUCCGUGGUUCAGCCUUUGCUGGACCUCAUCGUGCAGAGUCCGGAGGAAGGUGCCCGAACCACGGUGCUGCUGGCCACCUCGGAUCAAGGUAAGCUCUCAGGGUACUACUGGCAGGACGGUCGUCCUUCGGCAUCGUUGGACACCGAGGUGCAGGGGCUUCUGCCCCCACCUAUGCGGGCCCUUCGCAUUCUGUCCAGGCUUCUCAAGGCUGUUGCUCCGCCGGAGAAGGCAGCGACAUCCUAUGACACGGAGACCUGGCGAGAGCUCUGGAGGGAGAGCGAGCGAUUGGUUGGCCUGGAGACCUCGGAAAAGCCAGCAGCCUUCGCCGGCCUGCCAUGA